UUCUCAAAUCUUCUAAAAGAUAAAGUCCUACUAGAAGAAAACAUGGAAAUUGCUCAAAGAGAAACUGAUGUAGCAACCAAAUGCUUGAAUGAAUUGCGAAGGGAUUUUUCUGUGCUCAGCAGCAGCAUGGACUCGUACAUUUCUGCGAAUAAAAGUCUAGAAAGGAAAUCUUCAGAGUUAGAAACUGAAAAGCAUGAACUGGAGCUGCACUUGUCAGAGCUGGAACAUGAAAAUAGGCAGUUGUCACUAUGCAUUUCUGACUUGGAACCUCAACUGAGGGACCUGACAGAUGGCAGGGUUUCAAGCCAAGUGGAACUAGAAAAUUCAAAAUCUCUUGCACCGGAUUUCCAUAAUGAGAUAAAAAGAUUGACAACUGAGUUAGAAACUGAAAAAAUACAUGCGAAAAGUCAGCUGCAGAUUAUGCAUGAUCAGUUUUCAGAAACACACAAAGAAUGUGAGUGGUUAAGAAGUGAGAAUCUAAGAUUACAACAAACUGAAGAGAGUCUCCUUCAAGAAAAGAAUUCUUUUCAGAAAUCAAAUGAAGAAUUGAGGAAGGAACAGUUAGAACUGCAGGAAUAUUGCACAAAUUUGGAGGCUAGAUUAAGGGAAUCAAACAAAAGCAUGGCAGAUUGCUCUAAGAGAGUUGAAAUUUUAGAAGAAAGUUUAUCUUCGGUACUGGAAGAUUUUACACUGAAAGAGAAAACCUUAACUUCUGAAUUAGAUGUGCUUCUUGAUGAAAACAGGAAACAAAAGGAGAAAAUUAUACUGGGAGAAGGCUUGUUGAACCAGAUGUACUCUGAGAAGGCAGCUGAAGUUGAGAAUCUUCAAAGAGAAAUAGGAAAUGUCACCAACAAACUCUCUGCAACUCAUAUGGAAAUGGAGAAAAUAGCUUCCAGUGCUCGGCAAGAAGCAUUUGAGUUGGAUUGUGAUAAAGCUAAACUGGAAACUAUCCUUCAAGAGGUCCAAUCUAAACUGAAGUGGACUGAGAAUGAGCUCAGUACUGUAAAAGAAGAAGCUGACAGACAUAUACAAUCCCAGCUGGAAGAACUUGCUUCCUUGAAGAAAAAACAAGAAAUGCAGGAAGUUGAUCACCAAAGGAAGUUAAAGAUGUUGGGGGAUUACAAGUCAAAAGAAGAAAAAUAUGAGAAUAGUGUCAAUGAUCUUGAACUGAAGCUUACAGUUUCAGAGUAUGAAAGGCAACAACUUAUACAAGAAUCGACCAAUCUGAAAAUUCAGUUGCUAAAUGUGAACCAUCUUGAAGAUGAACUGUUGACUCUGAAAAAUGAGCUUAGCAUAGUCAAGUCUGAGAAAGAGACACUGGAAGAUUCUUUCCGUCAAAAAUCCAAUGAAUGCGGAGACUUGAAGGCAGAGAAGAUAUCAUUAACUGAGAAGAUCUCUGCUUUGCAGAAGGCAGCAUCGGAGUUAGAGGACUUCAAGCAUAGUAAACAAAAAAUUACAGCAGAAGGCAAUCGAAAGUCAAAGGAUGCACCUCAUGCACAAGGUUAUGAGCUGAAAAAUGAGUUAGGCCAGACCAAGAGAACAAAUAGAAAAUUGCAACGGAAGAUUCAACUACUUGAGGAGGCAAAAGAGGAGAAUCUGAAGAAAACUCAAGCCCUUGAAGAAGAAAGAAAACUCAUGAAGGUUGAGAAACAAAAUCACAGGGAAUCCAGUGGAAUAAAUUAUCCUGAAAAUAAUCAUGAAAGAAAGGUUGAGAAUGAGGUUGAUCCCUUCUCAAAGAUUCAGUUCCUUGAGAAUGAACUUGCCAAGGUUGUGGAAGCUAGUAAUACUUACAAAGUACAGCUAAACAAGUGA